AUGCCAGUCACCGUCGCCAAAGCAAAAGCAGCAGCAUCCUCCGGUGGCGGAGGAAAGGCAGCCAAGAAGAAGAAGUGGUCCAAGGGCAAGGUCAAGGACAAGGCGCAACACAUGGUUACGCUCGACAAGCCCACCUACGACCGUAUCAUGAAGGAGGUCCCGACCUUCAAGUUCAUCUCUCAGAGCAUCCUUAUCGAGCGCCUGAAGGUGAAUGGCUCUCUCGCACGGGUCGCCAUUGCCCACCUCGAGAAGGACGGUCUCAUCAAGCGUAUUGUUCACCAUCACGGCCAAUUGAUCUACACACGAUCAGUAGGCGGGAAGGAUGAGUAA